AGCCUUGCCAAAUAUCUAUCUAGAAUUCAUCCUAUCCUCAGGUUUGACGGAUAGAUCUUGUUGGUUCGAGCUGUCAAGGUUUAACUCGAAGGUUCAUUGCAAGAGAUCUGGACCCAGGUUCCUGGAACCCACCUUGCCCUUCCUCUCUGUAUAAAUAUCUCGAGACCAACGCCACCACUCCGCUACCCUUUUUACUCUCACUCAUAAGAGUAUUUGAGACCCUAGCAACACUCCUUGACAUACAGUACUACCAAACAACGGAAAUGACCAACAUGUCGACCAACGGCGUUACUUCCACCACCGCCGCUGAUGGCAGCCCUAAGCAGACCAAGAUCUGCGUCUACUGCGGCGCGUCCGCCGGCAACAACCCCAUCUACCUCGAAGCCGCGCGCCAGCUCGCCCGCGCCAUGGCCGCCAACAACAUUGGCCUAGGUACUUGACUAACCCCUCUCACCCAACUACUGAUGAACCUCUUUUCACUAACACCAGAAAUCACAGUCUACGGUGGCGGCACAGUCGGCCUCAUGGGCGAGAUCGCCAAGACCCUCGUCUCUCUCUCCGGCCCUGACUCUGUCCACGGCAUCAUCCCCGAGGCUUUGGUCCGGUACGAGCGGGACCCCAACUACACGUCCACCCAGGUGAGCGGCGGAAACGGCGGCCAGAAGGAUUCCGCCGCCGACGAGGAGGGAAAGCCCAAACAGCUUGCCGUCCCCGACGAGAACGUCUUCGGCCGAACGACCAUCGUCAAGGACAUGCACACGCGCAAGAUGAUGAUGGCGCAGGAGGUGCUAGCGGGCGGCCCCGGAUCGGGCUUCAUCGCCAUGAGCGGCGGCUACGGCACCAUGGAGGAGCUGUUCGAGACGGUGACGUGGAACCAGCUGGGCAUCCACGACAAGGGCAUCGUGCUGCUGAACAUCAACGGCUUCUAUGACGGUAUUCUGCAGUGGAUCCAGAACAGCAUCAAGGAGGGUUUUGUGAACCAGGCGAAUGGAAAGAUCAUGGUGGAGGCCAAGAACCCGGAGGAUGCGAUCAAGGCGCUGAGGGAGUAUAAGGUAUCCGAGGCGGUUUUCAAGCUGAAGUGGAGUGAUGAGUAGACGAGGAGGGUAGGAGACGAAGGGGGGAUUGUUUUCUCGAGGUUCUUCCUUUCUUGGGAAACCAGAUGCUGUUGCCCUUGCACCGCGCAGCUUCUUUCUGGAUGGAUGACGGCGUUCAGGGGUCCUGUUUUUUAGGCUGGGCCAGGCCAGGCCAUAUCCAAAAGCUCUCGGUGUACCAUUUGCUUGAUCGACGGGAUUGAUGGCACCAUGUCAGUAGACACAAUACAAU